GUGGGAAGUGUAGGGCAGCAAGCGGAAGAGGCGGGGCGAGCGGAUCAUCCGCUUCCAGAGUCAGGCUUUCGGGCUUGGAUAGCCGGGCGGUUCGGAUCUGUGUCUACAUGUCUCGUGUUUGUGUCGGUCCUCUGCCCCGCCAAGGCCGUAUUGUUGGUGCGCGCGGGUAGCGGGGCGCUCCAAGGAGCCGCACCAUGGUCCACCUCAAUACUCUCCUCUGCAAGGCCUACCAUGGAGGUCAUUUAACCAUCCGCCUUGCCCUGGGUGGCUGCACCAACCGGCCCUUUUACCGAAUUGUGGCUGCUCACAACAAGUGUCCCAGAGAUGGCCGUUUCAUAGAACAGCUGGGCUCCUAUGAUCCAUUGCCCAACAGCCAUGGAGAAAAACUCGUUGCCCUCAACCUAGACAGGAUCCGUCAUUGGAUUGGCUGUGGGGCCCACCUCUCUAAGCCUAUGGAAAAGCUUCUGGGUCUUGCUGGCUUUUUCCCUCUGCAUCCUAUGACGAUCACAAGUGCUGAGAGACUGCGAAGGAAACGGGCACGUGAAGUCCUGUUAUCGUCUCAGAAAACAGAUGCAGAAGCUACAGACACAGAAGCUACAGAAACAUAAGUGAGCUGACUUCAAGGAGCAUAGCAGUGGGAACAAGGUCAAGGUCCUCUUGAAACGCUGCAGAGAUCUUACUUUUGUUAGAUUUGGAGUUCAAUAAAUGGAGUAUCCUGA